AUGGUUACAUUACGAGAAAGUUUCUUUCGAUUGAAAACAGCUACGGACGUAUUAGAAACACGACUUAGACGGUGUCUUACAGUAACUGAUAUCACUCUACUUGGUGUUGGUCAUAUGAUCGGUGCUGGAAUAUAUGUUCUCACAGGUUCUGUGGUACGUAAUACUGCUGGGCCUUCAAUUGUGAUCUCAUUUGCGUUAGCUGGAUUAGCAUCAUUUCUUUCAGCAUUGUGCUAUGCAGAAUUUGGUGCAAGAUUUCCAAAGGCUGGAAGUGCUUACACAUAUGCAUACAUUGGAGUUGGUGAACUUUGGGCUUUUAUUAUCGGUUGGAAUAUCAUUCUUGAGCAUAUGCUUGGUGCUGCAGCAGUUGCUCGAUCAUGGUCUGGUUAUUUAGCAGCUUUAUUUGGUGAUUCUAUCAGAAAUUCCACUAUCAUUACCAUGAAACAUUUUGAUGAAUCACUUUUUGCUGAUCAUCCCGAUCUAGUUGCAUUCUCAGCAGUUAUUGCUGUAACAAUAUUUACUGGUCUUGGAUCUAAAUUUUCUACUCAUUUCAAUUCGAUCUUUACAGUAAUCAAUAUGCUGGUAAUAAUUUUUGUGGUCUUUUAUGGUUUCACCUUUGCUAAUUUUGAAUUUUGGUCUGGCUUUAAUGCUGAAACUGGCCAAUCAUACUUUUUUCCAUAUGGAAUUGGUGGAACAUUAACAGGAGCUGCAAGUUGCUUUUUUGCUUAUAUUGGUUUUGAUGGUUUGGCAACUGCUGGAGAAGAAGCAUCUGAUCCAUCUCGUACAAUUCCACUAGCAACCUUUAUUUCCAUGUCUGUCGUAACAGCAGCUUAUAUUCUAAUGUCUUCAGCACUAACUUUGAUGAUUCCAUUUUGGCAGGUAAAUCCUACAGCAGCAUUUUCGGAUGCUUUUGCAAGGCGCGGUUCAACAUGGGCAAAAUACGUUGUUUCAGUAGGAGCUAUGUCAGGCAUGACAACAAGUCUUAUUGGCUCGCUUUUCGCUCUUCCACGUUGUGUUUAUGCAAUGGCUGAAGAUGGCUUGAUAUUUAAAACUUUUGGACAAGUGAAUGUUAAAACACAAGUACCACUGAAUGCCGUUGUUGUUUUUGGAGCCACUACAGCAAUAAUAGCAUUUCUAUUUGAUAUAGAAACACUGGUUGAAUUUUUAUCAAUUGGUACUCUUUUGGCUUACACAAUUGUUUCCGCUUGUGUUAUCGUUCUUAGAUAUCGUCCAACAUUCAGUGACGAUAAUAUCUGCGAGGGAAAUGGAGGCCUACUGAAAACAUGGGUGCCAGGAGAACGUUGGUUAGGCGUUCUGGAGCCUGGAAGACUUGUUUUAUGGUGUGUCUUCACUAUGAUCUUUGCUGAUGUUGGUAUAAGUGUCAUUUUUGCAACGCAAUUUGCACAUACGACAUUUGGUGUAAUAUUCUUAUUCAUUUUUGGAUUAGUUGCAACAAUGGCAUUCGUUCUCAUCUGUAUACAUAAUCAGAAUAAUACUGAAAUUUCAUUCAGGGUACCAUUAGUUCCACUCAUACCUUCUAUUAGCAUACUUAUCAACAUUCUUUUAAUGUUUCAUUUGGCUCCCGUUACGUGGAUCAGACUUGUAAUUUGGUUAGCAGUUGGUCUAACAAUAUACGGCUCAUAUGGGAUCAAUCACAGUCGUGAAGCAAUAUCAGAUUCUGGUUCAGUGACAAAAAGCACUACAUAUGAAAGCAUGUUUACCGAUACGAUCCCUAAAUUGUAA